GUGACCGCUCUUCCAGCGCUGCCGCGAGCGCGUGGGUCCUGGAGUGAGGGACGCGCUGGAAGCACAGCGGCGGGGCGCCCCGAGGUGUCGCGAGCCGAGUCCUCCCCGGCUGCUCCAUGCCGGGCUGGGGGCUGCUGGCGCAGGCUGGCGCCCGGGUGCUGGGUUGUGGCGCCGGCGGCCUAGGCGCUGCCCCGGGCUUAGUGAAUAGAGCAAACAUCUGGCUUUGUGUUCGAAGUCUCCACGGUAACAGUAGUACUUGGUGGGAUGAGCACCUUUCUGAGGAAAAUGUCUCAUUUGUUAAGCAGCUGGUCUCUGAUGAAGAUAAAGCCCAAUUAUCAAGUAAACUGAAUCCCCUGAAAGAUGAACCGUGGCCUUUACAUCCUUGGGAACCAGGUUCUUCUAGAGUUGGACUUAUUGCCCUGAAGCUGGGCAUGAUGCCUUUAUGGACCAAGGAUGGUCAAAAGCAUGUGGCCACAUUACUUCAGGUACAAGAUUGUCAUGUCUUAAAAUACACGUCUAAGGAAAAUUAUAAUGGAAAAACGGCAGCCCUGACUGUAGGAGGGAAAACUGUGUCGCGCUUCCGUAAACCUCCAUCUAUACUGGAAUUUUACCAAGAACUUGGAUUGCCGCCAAAACAGAUGGUUAAAACCUUUCGUGUAACAGAUAAUGCUGUAAUUAAGCCAGGCACUCCUCUUUAUGCUGCUCACUUCCGUCCAGGACAGUACGUGGACGUCACAGCUAAGACCAUUGGUAAAGGUUUUCAAGGUGUCAUGAAAAGAUGGGGAUUUAAAGGUCAACCUGCUUCUCACGGUCAAACAAAGACCCAUAGGAGACCUGGAGCUAUUUCAACUGGUGAUGUGGCCAGAGUUUGGCCUGGAACAAAAAUGCCUGGACAGAUGGGGAAUAUAAGUAGGACAGCAUAUGGCCUGAAAGUGUGGAGAGUAAACACAAAGCACAACAUAAUCUAUGUGAACGGCUCCGUGCCUGGACAUAAGAACUGCUUAGUGAAGGUCAAAGAUUCAACACUGCCUGCAUAUAAGGAUUUUUGUAAAAGUCUGCCCUUCCCUACCUAUUUUCCCGAUGGAGAUGAGGAGGAACUACCAGAAGAUUUGUACGAUGAUAGUGUGUGGCAGCCCAGUGCACCUUCUAUUACAUUCGCCUAAUGCCAUCAGGUGUGGCAAAGCCGCUCAUGACGAGCAGGAACUGCGUUCUCCUUCUUAAUCAGGAUACCACACCUCUUGUCUUUAUCACAAGGUGUAAAACACAUCACUUCACUUGAAUCGGACUAGAAAAAAUGACUGCAUUAAAUAAACACUUAGUAGAUUAGAUUCGCUAAAAUUGACAGUUUGCAUAUUACCAAAAUAUUUUCCUUUUGUGGAUUCAUUCUUUGUACACACUUCCCAAGUUUUCAUAAACUUAAUUUUAUACUAA